CUGUCUCUCUUUUUUCUCGCCGCAUGCGCUUUUCACGCAAAUCCAUUGGAACCUCGCUCCAGUGGCGUGCAAGGCUUCGACAUCUCCAGCUACCAAGAUAGCGUGGACUUUUCAGGAGCCUAUGGAGCAGGUGCAAGAUUCGUUAUGAUCAAGGCAACGGAAGGCACAACGUAUAUCGAUUCAUCUUUCUCGAGCCACUAUGACGAGGCGACCAGUGCUGGCUUCAUCUGUGGUGGCUACCACUUCGCUCACCCCGACUCUAGCACCGGUGCAACACAAGCAGAGUACUUUUUGGCUCACGGAGGAGGCUGGACAAAUGACGGGAUCACAUUGCCUGGUAUGCUGGAUAUCGAAUAUAACCCAUCCGGUUCCACUUGCUAUGGACUGAGUGCCUCGGCUAUGGUUUCCUGGAUUCAGGAUUUUGGAGAAACUUAUCAGAGCAAGACUGGUCGUUAUCCUAUGAUCUAUACCACCGCUGACUGGUGGAGUACCUGUACUGGAGAUAGCACCGCUUUUAGCGAAGAUUAUCCUUUGGUGCUGGCUCAGUACAGCAGCUCAAUCAGCACUGUUCCCGGUGGUUGGGUUUAUCAAAGCUUCUGGCAGAACGCGGACUCGUACACCUAUGGUGGUGAUUCUGAUCUGUGGAAUGGCGAUGAGGACUCUUUACAGACUUUUGCGAAGGGGUCUUGA